CGCUUUUGUAUUGUUACAUCCUGUUUGAGGGCUCAGCGGUCGCGAUUGGCACAACGGCUCGUGCCCAUGGAAUGGCGCUGCCGAAAUGGCUUACGGCCCAUGCCAAGUUGGUUUAUGUCUCAAGGUCCUCCAAGAAGGAGAUGGACGUGGUGGUCAAGCGCAUCUCCAACUCACAAAAAACAGUGUGCAUUGUCUUCGCCAAAGAUGGCAAGACAGAGAUGCAGGUGCCCUUCGAUCAGAUUCUGAGCAAAUCUAAUCCUUUGAAGCUGCCGGACGUGUCAGCCGUUGAGGAUGAGAACGAGACGUUCUUCGAGGCGAUGGAAGGCUCUUGGUUUCAAAAGACGCAGAACCUGGACCCCAAGGUGGCCUUGGGCUCGGAGAAGGGGAAGUUCGCCUUCCAAGGUCCCACGGCUCCGCCGAUGAUGGAAGUCUUGAGUAGCCCGGAGCGAAGCCCGGAGCCGAGGAAGCCCAAGAAAAUGAAGGAAUCCAAAGAGGGGGGGCCCAAGACGAAGGCAAAGGACGAGUCGAAAGACAAGUCCGAGAAGCCCAGCAAGGCAUCCAAGAGUGGACGUGAGAAGGAAGAGUCAGGAAAGCGAAAGAAGGAAAAGGACCAGGAGGCUGGGAAAGAGGGCAAGAAGACCAAAAAGAGCAAAACAUGAAGGCGCAAGGAGAGCGGCCGCAAAGAAGGUGCUACCCUGAGCCAACAAAUGGAACCAGCCGCGAA